CAAGAGCGUCACGUUGGAGGCACAGAGACAACCUCCAAUAGGUCACCAAGCUGUUUCCCCGAUGCAGGGACAGCAGCAAUACAGGAGCAGAGGCAGCGCAAUUUAAGUAUGAAAUGAAGCCUGUGCUGAAAUCAAAGCCAUAUCAUCAAUAUCUCUUUAUAUUCCUCAUACAACUGGCCUUUGCAUUCGUGAUCAUUAUUUACAGUAACUUUAAAAAAGAUGUCAUCAUAACGUCAGACUGUUCAGCAUCGCUUCUCACCUCUCAGAAAGAAGUGGACUUUGUUGUACUGUUAUGGACAUGGCCUUUUGGGGCUCAAUUCCCUUUAAAUGAAUGUAAAAAACCCUUCAAUACACCCAGGUGCUACAUGACUGCCAACCGUAGCUGGUAUUCUAGAGCAGAUGCUGUCAUUUUCCAUCACAGAGAUGUUUGUGAAUCAAGAAACCAUAUGCCUCAGAUUCCACGGCCAGAAGGACAGUAUUGGCUGUGGUUUAACCUGGAAUCACCAAGCAAUAGCCCAAACCUAAGCUAUAUGGACAACCUCAUGAACCUCACUAUGUCUUACCGUAGUGACUCUGACAUCUUCUCUCCCUACGGAUGGCUUCAGAAAAAGGACUUCAGCCAUAACUUUACUAUCCCAAAAAAGUCAAAGUUAGUGGCUUGGGUUAUCAGUAACUGGAACCCUCAAUCCAAACGGGUCCAGUUUUACAAGACACUGAAGAAACACAUAAACAUAGAUGUCUAUGGUCGACAGCAUUUGCCUCUAGACGUUGAGAGCAGAAAUACUGUCAUAUCACAAUACAAGUUCUAUUUAGCGUUUGAGAAUUCUCUACAUAAGGACUAUAUUUCUGAAAAACUGUGGAGGAACGCUCUCCUAUCAGGGACUGUCCCUAUUGUUCUUGGCCCGCCUAGAGAAAAUUAUGAGAGGUUUAUUCCUUCAGAUUCAUUCAUACAUGUUGAUGAUUUUCCUAGUGCAAAAGAACUGGCUGACUGUCUGCUUGAGUUGAAUGAAAACAGUCAGAAAUACGAGCAAUACUUCAGCUGGAGAACAAAGCUGAGCCCAGUAGGAAAUAUUCAUUAUACUGCACAUUACUGCAGAGCUUGUGUAGCACUACAUAAGGCACCUUCAUAUAGAACUUUACCACAUCUCUCCAAAUGGUACACAUGA